AUGAAGUUGUUGAAUAUUCUACUUUUGUCUUCCGCUGCCAUUGGAGCAAUACUCCCAGCUCAAAUCAAUGAACGUGAUGGUCUGGUGAAACGACAAACUGUCUCCAGCAGCAAGACAAGCACUUCAUCAAAAGCCUCUGGCACUUCAUCGAAAGCUUCUAGCACUUCAUCAAAAACAUCAUCUGGUACCUCCAAGUCCUCAAGUUCGUCAACCUUGAAGUCGUCAUCAGUUGGCUCAUCGUCUUCAAAGGCUUCAACAACUACUUCAGGCACGUCAACUUCUGUCGGUACCACGACAACUUUAAGCUCAAGUUCCACCUCUGCUCUCUCUAGUUUGGUCGCUGAUCCUGCUUGUACAAACUCGCCAUUCACCAGAGCCUGUUGGGGCAAUGGCUUCAGUAUUGCAACUGAUUUUGAUACCAAGAAUCCCAACACUGGUGUCACCAGAAAAUAUAACUGGGAAGUGACCAACACGACUUGUGCUCCUGAUGGAGUUACCCGCCAAAAUUGCAUGUUGAUCAAUGGCCAAUAUCCUGGACCAACCCUAUAUGCUGACUGGGGUGAUAUGAUUCAAGUUACCUUGAAGAAUUCCAUGCCAGAUAACGGGACUGGUAUUCAUUGGCACGGGCUUCGACAAUACCACACCUGUACUGAGGAUGGUGUACCAGGAAUCACAGAAUGUCCCCUUGCUCCUGGUGAUACCAAGACAUACACUUUCCAGGCGACCCAGUUCGGCACGAGCUGGUAUCACAGUCACUACUCCUCUCAAUAUGGCGAAGGAAUGCUCGGUGGAAUCGUAAUCAAUGGACCCGCAACUUCUAACUACGAUGUUGAUCUUGGAGUAUACACCAUCACAGAUUGGUAUUAUACCCCAGUGUUUGCACUCGGUGAAAGAAUAGCUCAUUCUCAAGCCGGACCGCCACCGGGUGAUAAUGGACUUAUUAACGGUAGUAUGGUAGCUCCUGCUGGCCAAAGUGGUGGAAAAUAUACCACGAACACCAUAACCGCAGGCAAAAAGUACCGUCUCCGUCUCAUCAACACUUCAGUCGACAAUCAUUUCAUGGUUUCAUUAGAUAACCAUGCUUUUACCGUGAUCACAAGUGAUUUUGUACCCAUUGUCCCAUACACCACAAACUGGAUUUUCAUCGGUAUUGGCCAAAGAUAUGAUGUUAUCAUCACUGCCAAUCAAACUGUUGGAAGCUAUUGGUUCCGAGCUGAAGUUCAGAAUGGAUGCGGCACCAACAACAAUAAUGGAAAUAUCAAGAGUAUCUUCACCUAUUCAGGAGCAGCAAGUACCACUCCAUCAUCUUCAGCUACUCCAUAUACUGGUAGAUGUACUGAUGAAACUGGAAUCAUUCCUUUCUGGGAUAGCUUUGUGCCCAGUGGUCCGCUUAGUGGAAAUGUUGAUCAACUCGACGUCGCCGUCAAUAUUGGUGUUGAUGCCAGCGGGCCAAUCGUAACAUGGGGAAUCAACCUCAGUGCCAUUGAUGUCGACUGGAAGAAACCCAUCCUGCAAUACGUCCUCGAUGGCAACAAUUCCUGGCCUGCUUCAGAGAAUCUAAUUGAAUUGCCCAAUGCCGCUCAAUGGUAUUAUUGGAUCAUUCAAGAAGUACCUGGAAACGUCAACGGAAACCCAGUUUCUAUUAACGUCCCACAUCCAAUGCAUUUACACGGUCAUGAUUUCUUCCUUUUGGGUACGGGAAUUGGAACUUACAACAACACUCUCGAUAGCCCAAAUCUUGAUUAUGACAAUCCAACUAGAAGAGAUGUUGCCAUGUUGCCUGCUGGAGGAUGGAUGGUUCUAGCAUUCCAAACUGAUAACCCUGGUGCUUGGUUGAUGCAUUGCCAUAUUGCAUGGCACGUAAGCGAAGGUCUCGCGGUACAGUUCCUGGAAACCAAAAACCAGAUCAACGCUGUAAAUCCGAUCUCGCCAGCAUUGACAAAUACCUGCAAUAAGUGGAAUGCAUGGUAUCCAUCCCAAGCUCCUUAUAUCAAGACCGACUCUGGUCUUUAA